GCAAAAUGAACGAAGACUCGCUCAUCCAAGUCGACGGCAUACUGGUCAACGAUUUCCUUCGCGAGGAAAACGUGCGCGCGGCGAUGCACUACGAACCUGGAGAAGAUGACGUGUUCAUUGCCAGCUAUCCGAAGUGCGGUACAACCUGGACUCAGUACAUCGUGUGCAACAUCUUCACACGAGGCAACGCUCCCAACAACGUGACCGAUUUCCUGCUGCAGGCGCCGUACUUUGAUUUCAUGGGCGCCGACGCUCCGAAGAAGAUGCCGAAGCCCGGAGCUCUGAUGACGCACUUGCCGUUUAACAUGCGCCGCCACUCUAACAAGGCCAGGUACAUCUAUGUGGCCAGAAACCCGUACGACUGUGCCGUCUCGUACUACCAUUACCUUCUUGGACACACACCCAAGACCUGCACUGAGGUUUCGUUCGAGACAUUCGUGAAGGCAUUCAUCGCUGGACGCGUGCCCUACGGGGACUACUUCGACCACCUCCUCUCGUGGUAUGAGCACCGGCACGAUCCCAACGUCCUCUUCUUCACGUACGAAGACCUGAAGAAGGACACGUCGUCGUGGGUGUUGAAGAUGGCCGACUUUCUCGGCAAGCAAGAAUACGGAGACGUGCUGCGAGCUGACCCCAAGCUCUUCCAAAGAAUCCUGGAUUCCUGCAGCCUGGGAAACAUGCGGCAAGUGUUCGACUGCAGAUGCGACAGCUUUGUCAACGCGUUGCUGGAGCUUCCUGAGGAGAAGAGGCUCGAGUCCAUGGAGAUCUACAGGAAGAAAGGCGCUGCCAAACGUGAGUCCCACGAGGGUUCGGGCCGCGUACGUAAGGGCAAGAUUGGCGACUGGAAGAACCAUUUCACGACGCCCGAGCUCUUGGACGCGAUGAAGGGCUGGAUCAAUGAGAAAACCAAGGGCACAGACGUGAUGCGGCUUUGGGAAGACCUGAACCUACCUUGACGUGUGUGCUUCACCCAGUCAGGACUCCUGAUACAAGGGGAAAAGACUUGGAUUUUUUUAGCAGCAUGUCCGAAGCGCUAUCUGUUUAACGCCGAGUUUUAUUGGGCGCUCAUAUGGGCAAAUGUAGUAAUCACGCACAUGGGUACCACAGAUGCCCAACACAUUAUUAUGACAGCACAUCUUCACAUAGGUAGCCUAUAACGUUCAUUACCAGCGGAAUAAAUAUUACCACUCU